CAACUUCGGUUUUCAGGCGGUUUGGAAGCAUCUCUCCCUCUAGGGUUUUGCAGAAGAAACCGAAGCUCGAACCUUUCCGGAAUCAAAGAGAGAUCACAUAACCGUUAACUGGUCUGGUCUGCUUCUCUCUCUUUAUUUUUAUCUGUGUAUACACACACGUACAUACACAUAUAUAUACUCACCUUCCAUAUAUCACCUGUAAUCGACUUUCAAAAUUUCUGGAUAUAUAUGAACAGCUCACUGACUCACUAAAUCUGUUAUCGUCCAGUUCAGUUCUGGAAACUCUAUCUCUCUUUAGUUUUCUCUAUGCUGAGUUUUGUGCCCUGGGAAAGUAUAUUCUGGAAAUGAUAUGUAGAUGGAAAUGGAAAUUGUUACACACAACUUCUUAUCGAAUUAUCCAAACACCAUAUUUUUUAGCUCCAAUUCGCAGCAUUUCAUCAGCAAUCGAGUGUUUUGACAAAGCCCAAAAGUGUUCUACAGCAGAACAUUGUCAAAAACUUCCCAGGAAUUCUAAAACCUUGCUCACCUCACAAAUUGUUCAAUCCACCCUACUGAAUUGCCCUUCUGAUUUGAUUACUUUGAGUUUUUUCUUGUGGUGUGCUCGGCAACCGAAUUACUUCCACGAUAAUUGUGCAUUUGAUCACUUGGUUAAUGUGGUCGCUCGGCUUGCCCAGCAGUUUACAACAGUGAAAAUUGUUAUUAAUCAACUAGAGAGUAUUGGGUGCGUUACAAAGCCACAAACCUUUUUGCUUCUGAUCAGGAUUUAUUGGCAAGGAGGCCUGUAUGAUUUGGUUUUUGAGGCUUUUGAGGAAAUGAUAAAAUAUGGUUACACACCAAAUACGUUUGCACGGAACAUUGUUAUGGAUGUGUUAUUCAAGAUAGGUCGUGUCGAUGAAGCCCUUGGAGUUUUAAAGGAGAACCAGUUCCCGAAUUUCUUAACUUUUAGAAUUGCCAUAUGUAAUUUAUGCAGACUUAAUGAUUUGAGCAAUGUCCAGGGUUUGCUUAGGAACAUGUUGAGAAAGGGGUAUCGUCCUGAUGGCAAAACAUUUUUGACGGUUUUGAAUUGUUAUUGCAAAUUGGGUAGGCUAGUGGAGGCAUUACAAGUACUCAGUUUGAUGAUAACUUUUGGUAUUUCAACCUCUGUGACCACUUGGAGUAUAUUGAUUGAUGGGUUUUGUAAAUGCGGCAGACUUGGCGCGGCAGGUUAUCUAUUAGACAAGAUGGUUGAGACUGGGUGUUCUCCAAAUGUUGUAACAUACACACCUUUGGUUAAGGGGUUUAUGCAAUCCAAGAUGGCCAGCAGUGCAUUCAGUAUAUUAAGUAGAAUGGAAUCUAAGGGAUGUUCCCUAGACUUGGUUCUUUGUAAUGUUCUAAUAGAUUGUCUCUCUAAGUUGGGGCAGUACGAUGAUGCACUUGAUGUCUUCUUUAGUUUGUCAAAAAGAAAUCUGAUACCUGAUUCUUAUACUCUCUGUUCUAUAAUGUCUGCCAUAUGUUUGUCCAAACAGUUUGAUCUUCUACCCAUAUUAGUCAGUGGGCCUGCAAUACAAUCGGACCUUGCGGUCUGUAAUUCCCUUCUAAGUUAUUUUUGUAAAGCUGGUUAUCCUUCUGGUGCAGUUGAGUUUUAUAAUGACAUAAUUGAUAGAGGUUUUAUACCAGAUAUGUAUACUUUUGCUGGAUUACUGACUGGAUUAUGUGGAGCCGGGAGAGUGAGUGAGGCAGUCAAUGUUUACCAUGGAAUUCUCAUUAACCAUUUUGGUCAGGAUGCUCAGAUCCAUACUGUAAUUGUAAAUGGACUUAUAAAAGCUGGUCAGUUUCAGAAAGCUAUCAGAUUGUUUAGGAAGGCAAUGGUCAAGAAGUACCCUUUGGAUGUUGUAUCAUACACAGUUGCCAUCCAUGGGCUUCUUAGGGGUGGUAGAGCUGGAGAGGCUUGUACUUUGUAUAACGAGAUGAAGGAGGUUGGUGUAGCUCCAAAUAAACAUACAUAUCAUGUAUUACUCUCUGGCCUCUGUAGGGAAAGGAAUGUUAAAAUGGUUAAACAGAUCAUCCAAGAAAUUAUUGAUGAAGGGAUUGAACUAGACUGCAAUACUUCCAACAUGAUAAAUAAUCUUCUCUUCAAAUCACACUACUCUUGUUCAGGAUUGUUGCAUAAAAAUGCCAUGCCCCAUGGUGUAAAUGCAGGUGAUGCGCAUAUUUCCAUGUCGAAAGGAUUUGGUGGAUAUUCUAGAUGUUGACAAGUCUGGCUCUGAUGAUCUUUCUUACGUGGCAGCUUCAGUGGGUUGAGUUAUAUUGGUGAAGGAACUUAUCGACAUCUCUGCAGAUGGCACUGCUGCUAGUCUCUGAAGCUUCAGUUGGGUUCCUUAAGAUGGACACUACUUCUUGAGGAACAAGUUUGCUCUUUGAGGAUGUCCCCCUUUGUAUCUAUUGGAUAUGACUGAUGAAUUUUGACAAGGAAAAUUAAUGCCUUGCCUGGGAUACUCUUCUUGAUCAUGAAGGGCGCCCCUUCAGAGCUGUCAAUUGCAAGUGGGCUCUCCAAAAAGGAAGAACCACACAACAAUCUGCCUGUGAACCAUUUGAUGGAUGUGCAAAGUCAUUAUCCUCUUAAUUAGUGAAGCUGAAUCACAUUCCUAUGGCUUGCAACUGUUUAAUCGUGUCUGUGUGUACAAUAUUUUUUAACAAAAUCCAUUUGCUCGAAAGUGCCUUUCGCAAUUUUUUUGUCCGUCUGAAAACCAGAGUUUCUGAUAUGUAGUUUUUCUGCUGUAGGCCUACAUCGAAUCAAAUAUUGAAAUGACAUAUCAUACAUAAAACUUUUGAAACAUUGUUUGGAACUCUCCUUAUUCUUGAUGUGUUGCUGUACAGGCAGAAUAUGCAUUGGUGAAUCUAUUUAAUGAGACUUCAACGUUGACCAAAUGCAAGAUUUGGUUGUAGCAAUAAUCAAAAUGAAGAUUCUAGUAUGGAGUAGCAAGUUUUUAAUUCCUGAAUUAUUGCUUUAGAAGCUUAAGCAAAUGGGGGAGACAGAUGUUGCAACUUCUGGGUAAAAAAUUAAAAAGUUCGUCAUUCCGGGUUGCCAUUAAUUCACAUACACCCUCUACUAGCAAAAACAUGCCAUGUCAUGUUCCAUUCAACGAUAUUACCCAACAAAAAACAAUACCUAACAAGUUAGCAAAAGGGCAUGAAAUUCAAAUUAAACAAUGUCUCUCCAUCAGCGCCUC